GUUAACUAAUGAGGGUGUGUUGAUUAACGAUAUAUCCAUACUAUGAUAAGAUUAAUAAUGGUUAAGAGUUUCAACAUUUAUGGAGACUAUGGACGCUGAUAAUAAUACUGGGGGAAAAAUGAGGCGAUGUCUCUCCUCUCUCAUCGAUCUCUGCGAUUUGAUCGGACGAGUUCUGCUGGUCGUUCUAGCAGCAGUGUUCGCUGCAACUCUGGCGAAUCAACACAAGAUCAAGCACAAAGAUAGGGAUCCUCCACAUUCCGAAGUGUGUCGAGAAAGAUCGAAUACCGGUCCGGUGGUGAGGUUUCUGAAAUCAAAUAACCCGGCGAGGCAAGAGACAGGUCGUAGCUAUACUCAAAUCUUACAGGGAAAUAGAAGGUCCAGAUCUUGGGACAAGAAAAGGAAGCUAGGGUAUAUCCCUGCUGAAUUUGCUCUGUUGAAUGACUGAAGUCUCAAACAACUGAAAUCGUCUAUGAAGGAGAUGUGGCGCUUUAAGCUGUCUUCAUCGAUUGAAGUGGACAAUGGAAGAGGAGAGAAAUCCCCUUCUCCCUCCUACACAAACUCGGAUCGAAAUGAUCUGACUAGGACCCCCCUCUACUUGGUCUCGUCUGGAUCCAUCGCAACAGGACUCCCUAAUGAUGCAAAGGGGAAGAUGUAAAAACCUAAGUCUUGGGGAUACGUUACCGAUGACGGACUGGGAAUUUCCCGAUAAUGUAUCGACCACUAUCGGAUGUCGGACUUGGGGUAGAUGAGCCGAUGAUAGCUUGUCCAUCGAAAAGAUAAAAAUCCUGCAAUAUACACCCUGGUUAUGUGUGGUUUUUAACCAUAUGAUUCCUGAUAAGGAUAUUAACUAUAAAAAGAAAGUUAGUUUGUGACACGCUACGACACAACUCCUAACAAUGGCCAAGUGUAAUCAAUGAAAGGGACUGCAGUAUAGUGGCACAAGUAAUAAAUACCGAAUCCACGGGUCUCUAGAGUUACUAUUACUCAGCUUCAGUUCAUUAUCUAGCAAACCAGAUUAAUGAUUGAUUUACUAAACUAGUCUACUAACUAAGCUAAGCUAAACUACUAAUUACAAGUUGGGAACUCACUUAGGUAUGAUUCCCCCUAGCUCAUCAAUUAUGUCUAAGUUGUAAUUACCUUUGGUUGAUCUACUGUUGAUUAAACUGCGGAAGAUCCUAAAUUAGCUUGAAAGCUCUUAAGCUGACAAGCUAAACUACUAAUUACAAGUUGGGAACUCACUUAGGUAUGAUUCCCCCUAGCUCCUCAAUUAUGUCUAAGUUGUAAUUACCUUUGGUUGAUCUACUGUUGAUUAAACUGCGGAAGAUCCUAAAUUAGCUUGAAAGCUCUUAAGCUGACCAAACCCUCUUAGAUAGAAUACCCGGUAGGCGACUAGCCUUCACCGGGAUAGACUGCUUAGGCGAUUCACACAGAUCUCUACUACUGGAAUGAAUUCCAGUACAUAGCAGUGAAUUGACUGACUCUCGCAUAACCAAUUCACUACUAUCAAUCAUGGAAGCUCUCUUAGCCUAAUAAGAUUCUAUCUAUCAAAGGUUAAAACAGAAAUCAAUAGAAUUUGACCAGGAUUCAAUUGACUCAAUAAAUCAUACCUCAAUUGAUUAUAAUCACACAAUAUAGGAUCCAAAAAUUC